AUGGCAGCCCUGCCUACAGAACAACCGCAAAGACCAACAGAGUCUAAGAGAAUCUUGGCCUGUGUGCUCUGCCAGCAACGCAAGAAGAAGUGUGAUCGCAAGAGUCCAUGUUCCUUUUGCGUCAAGGCCAAGGUCACUUGCAUACCAAGUACACCAGCUCCCAAGCGUAAGCGGCGGAAGCCCACAAAGGAGCUCCUCGAACGCUUGGAAAGAUGCGAGCAGCUCCUCAAGAGAUGCACCUGUGUGCAAAAAUCUCAGAUGUAUGACUUGCCAGGACAUUAUAGCGAGUCCAGCAGUCCCACGGAUAGCCAUUCGAGUCCACCUCCAGAGUACGGAAAGGUGACGCCUUCGAGCUAUGAGCAACACCAAACCUUUUCACCACAAUAA